AUGGGAGGCCCCUAUGCCUCCACCGUCGCGCAGCUAGGCGGCCGACCAACGGUCAAACUCGAUGUCCCCCUCUGCUCCGUCUUCCUCGCAGCGUUCCUCGGAUUCGGAAUCUGCCAUAUGGUGCUCUUCCGCCGUAACCUUGCCCGAGGCCACAAGUUCAUCCCCUCCGCCGUCACAUUCGGUUUCUGCAUGUCGCGCGUGGUCGCCAAUGCGAUGCGCAUCGCCUGGGCAUGUCAUCCAGAGAACGUGCGCAUAGCCAUUGCGGCGCAGAUCUUCGUCGCCGCCGGUGUCCUCCUGCUCUUCAUCUUGAAUCUACUUUAUGCGCAGCGCAUGCUGCGCGCCGCGUUCCCCGCCUUCGGGUGGGCUCGCCCUGUCUCAUAUGCGUUCAAGGCGUUAUAUGUGCUGGUGGUUAUUACAAUUAUCAUGUUGAUUACGGUGAUUAUCCAGCUCUCGUAUACCCUCAAUGCGAACACGCACCGCAUCGAUCGCGAUAUCCAGCUCUACGGCGUGACGUACUUUGCCAUCGUCUCCUUCCUGCCGCUGCCAAUUGUUUCGCUGGUCCUGCUCUUUGCGGAGGAGAAGCACGUCGCGUCAUUCGGAUCUGGAUCUUGGCGUAUAAAGGCGAUCAUCGUCUUCGUGGCUGGCACGCUGCUGUGUCUGGGAGCUUCGUUCCGGGCCGGGACUGCCUGGAUGGCGCCGCGUCCUGCAUCGUCCCCACCCCCUUACAUGCACAAGACUUGCUUCUACGUUUUCGAUUUCGGAAUCGACCUGGCUGUCGUGAUCUUAUUCUUGUUCGCCCGGGUCGACAAGCGGUUUCAUGUCCCCAAUGGAAGCUCCAAGGUGCGGCAUUACCGGGGGGAAGUUGGCUUCCAGAAGCACGUUCCCCUUGAGCAGGUCCAGAAAGACGAGGCGGGGCGCGAUAUUGAGAAGAUUAGCAGUCAUCAGUGGCUCUCUGCUGCAGGAUAG